AUGACCUGGCCACCUCCCAAGGCCCCAUCUCCUGAGAGCAUCGUGCUGGAAGCUUUUGGAUCCUCCAUCUGCAGUGGCACCGCCGCCAAUGUGCAGACUUUCUUGAAGACCCUGACGGGGAAGACCAUCACUCUCGAGGUCGAACCCUCGGAUGCAGUAGAAAACGUAAAGGCCAAGAUCCAGGACAAGGAAGGAAUUCCUCCUGACCAGCAAAGACUGAUCUUUGCAGGCAAGCACCUGGAAGAUGGACGUACGUUGUCUGACUACAACAUUCAGAAGGAGUCCACUCUUCAUCUUGUGUUGAGGCUUCGUGGUGGUGCUAAGAAAAGGAAGAAGAAGUCAUACACCACUCCCAAGAAGAACAAGCGUAAGAGAAAGAAGGUUAAGCUGGCUGUCCUGAAAUACUAUAAGGUGGAUGAGAAUGGCAAAAUCAGUCUCCUUCGUUGGGAGUGCCCUUCAAAUGAAUGUGGUGCUGGAGUUUUUAUGGCCAGCCACUUUGACAGACAUUGUGGCAAAUGUUGUCUGACCUAUUGUUUCAACAAACCAGAAGACAAGUAAUUGUAUAUUGGUUAAUAAAAGACAUGAACUAAUGAAAAAAA